CCAAGCGCAAAGGAAUCAAAGGAAGGGGACCAGUUCAUCAGGAGAAGCUGCUUGAUGUUUUUCGCAACCGAGGUACAUAAUAUCAACUUCGAUCAACUAGUAAAGGAGACGCGUCUGAGAAAGAAAGCAUGUCGGAUAUAGCACCAUCGCCGAGUUCUUCAUCGUCAAGUGAAGAAAAUGGAAGUGCCGAUGACAACAACAAUAAUGACAACAACAACGAUUCCAGCAAGGCUCCACCACCCCGCGGUUCAAUUUCAAGUUCAAGUUCAGGCUCAGGCAAUUCAAAGGGCUGGUCUAGUCCCCCUCCAUCUCCAAGCUCAGGAGGAGGCUCAAGAUCAACGCCACCCUCAGAUUCACAAGAUUCAUCGUCCUCUAGCCCUCCUCCACCGUCACAUUUAUCGCCUCCGAAAUCGUCAGAACCAUCACCAAGCCCACCACCUUCUCCAUCUUCUUGGAGCGGUGGCAAUUCGAAGUCUUCACCACCACCAACUCCACCUUCCGAAUCUUCUCGGAACAGCGGCGGAGGCAAUUCCAACUCUUCACCACCUCCAGGCAGGUCAUCGUCAUCAUCGCCUCCGCAGCGGUCAGAAGGCUCCUCGGCUUCGCCUCCGCCGCCUCCAUCUCCGUCCUCCAAUCAGGCCCCUCCAAACCCAUCAGGUGGAUCGCCGUCCAAAGAAUCUCCUACUCACUCUUCUCCGUCACCGCCACAGGAGAGCAACGAUGAUCAAGCAAGUUCCCAACCUUCUUCCGCAUCGCCUUCACCACCGACGAACCAAUCGAUUGUCUUCGUUCCUGUCCCUGUCUCAUCAAAGAAUAGUCCUCCGGGGGCACCGUCACCGCCCGGGCUAGUGUCCAUUGCGCCUGGUGCCGCCGUUGGCACCCUGACGUCUAACAACUUGUCUUCAUCACAAGAAACCAAUGCUAGCACUGCCGGCAAUUCAUCCCAUUCAUCUGUAGGGUCAUCAGGAGUAGGCACUAGCCAUGUAGCUGCGGCCAUUGCCGGUGCAUCGAUCACCGGUUUGAUGUUUGCUAUGCUCGCCGUUUUCUUCAUUGCCAGGAGGAGGAAGAAGAAGACGGACGGACUAGUUUAUCACAACGACGGCAACAACAACUUGCCGUCGGGUCAGUUCGGCGGCUCCAACCCGUCGGGCGCAGUCUAUCCGGGAACAUUACCAGGCUUCUCGUACGGCCCUCCGCCGCCGUCGGGCCCGGACAGCGGCGGGGGAGGGUACUACGAGUCAGGCAGCAUGGAGCCGCUGGGUUCGAAGUCAUCCUUCAGCUACGAGGAGCUGACGAGCAUCACGAGCAACUUCUCCCGGGACAACGUGAUCGGCGAGGGCGGGUUCGGGUGCGUGUACAAGGGGUGGCUGGGCGACGGCAAGUGCGUGGCUGUGAAGCAGCUCAAGGCCGGCAGCGGUCAGGGCGAGCGCGAGUUCCAGGCGGAGGUGGAGAUCAUCAGCCGCGUGCACCACCGCCACCUCGUCUCCCUCGUCGGCUACUGCAUCGCCGCGCACCACCGGAUGCUCAUCUACGAGUUCGUCCCCAACGGCACCCUGGAACAACAUCUCCACGGUCGUGGCAUGCGGGUGAUGGACUGGCCAACAAGGCUCAAGAUCGCCAUCGGCGCGGCAAAGGGAUUGGCAUACCUGCACGAAGAUUGUCACCCCAGGAUCAUCCACAGAGACAUCAAGUCCGCGAAUAUUCUGCUCGAUUAUUCGUUUGAAGCACAGGUUGCAGAUUUCGGGCUGGCCAAGCUCUCCAACGACACGCACACGCAUGUCUCCACUCGCAUCAUGGGGACGUUUGGGUACCUUGCUCCGGAGUAUGCGUCGAGCGGGAAGCUGACGGACCGGUCGGACGUGUUCUCCUUCGGCGUCGUGCUGCUCGAGCUCAUCACCGGGCGGAAGCCCGUCGACCAGACGCGCCCACCGGGACAGGAGAGCCUCGUCGAAUGGGCACGGCCGGUCCUCGUCGACGCCGUCGAGACGGGCGACCUCGACGCGGUGGUCGACCCCCGGCUCGACGGCGCCUAUAACAUGGGCGAGAUGAUCGUGAUGGUGGAGGCCGCGGCCGCGUGCGUCCGCCACUCGGCUCCCAAGCGACCGCGGAUGGUGCAGGUGAUGAGGGCGCUUGACGACGAAGGGAGCAUGUCGGACCUGAGCAACGGGGUGAAGGUGGGGCAGAGCCGGAACUACAACGACUCCGGGCAGCAGGCGGCCGCCAUCCAGCAGCUCCGCCUCACCGCCUUCGCCUCCGAGGAGUACACCGGGGAGUUUGAGCAGUCAGGGGAGUACCGCGGUGCCUACUCUGAGACGCAACCGAUCAACCGGAGAUGACCCGACUACUGUCCGGACAGGUUAAGUGAUGGUUCCAUAGUGGUAUAGGGGGAUACAUACAUACGGCUAUAUCUCCAGCAGAGACAUUUUUAGAAGGAAUAGCAGCGCUGUAGGUCAUCGCAGUAAGGAGUAAUCAAGACAGAAUUGGAAAGGAGCGGGCUGAUGACGAUUUCGAUUGUUUUUUGGGCUUUGGACUCUUGAAGAUCCGGUUCUACAACUUGGUUUUUUUGGAAAGGAGCUCAACGACGAGUUUCUAACUUGUUCGCGGUACAUAUUUAGACGUCUGAACUUGUUAAUUAUGUCACUUGAGAUUCCAAUACUAUUAAUUAGCAUAUACUUGCCUGUGUGCAUUGUUA